AGUACAUGUCCAUAUUUGUAGAUUUUUCGUAGAAAUAGAGUUCAGUUUCAUGGAAAAGCACCAGUGUGAAUUCUAUAAAUACAGAACGUUGAGGGAUUGCCUGACCAAAACCAAAUAUAAAGUAAAACUGAUCGAAGUAAGGCGGAAUUAUCCACUAAUAACCAACAAUGACGAGUUACACUGAAGACGAAAUUGCCGCCGUCGUGGUAGACAAUGGGUCCGGCAUGUGCAAAGCAGGCUUUGCAGGCGACGAUGCUCCCAGAGCCGUAUUUCCGGCGGUUACAGGACGACCUAGAUACGACAUUGUGAUGGCCGGUAUGGGCGGCAAAGAUUCCUAUGUUGGCGACGAAGCUCAAGCCAAACGAGGCAUUCUAUCUCUUCGGUACCCUGUUGAACAUGGUAUCGUUACAAACUGGGAUGAUAUGGAGAAAAUCUGGCACCAUACGUUCUACAAUGAACUCCGUGUUGCUCCAGAGGAACACCCGGUGCUGUUAACAGAGGCUCCAAUGAACCCCAAAGCAAACAGGGAAAAGAUGACACAGAUAAUGUUCGAGACCUUCAGCACUCCGGCAUUCUAUGUAUCUAUCCAAGCUGUACUAUCCCUCUAUGCAUCCGGGCGAACCACAGGUGUUGUAUUCGACUCUGGCGACGGUGUAUCGCACGUUGUACCUAUCUACGAGGGUUAUGCACUGCCGCAUGCUAUCAAACGGGCGGACCUUGCUGGAAGAGAUCUCACCAAAUAUAUGUGUAGAAUUCUUCAUGAACGUGGCUAUAACUUCACUAACUCGGCUGAAAUGGAGAUUGUCCGGGACAUCAAGGAGAAGCUGGCAUACGUAGCUCUAGAUUUUGAACAGGAAAUGAACACGGCUGUCAACUCUUCACAGAUUGAAAAGUCAUAUGAGCUUCCGGAUGGGCAAGUUAUCACCAUUGGUAACGAAAGGUUCCGGUGUGCGGAGAGUUUGUUUCAGCCAUCUUUCUUGGGUUUGGAACAGCCAGGUAUAAGUGAACUGGUCUACAAUUCAGUUAUGAUGUCAGACAUUGACAUCAGGAAGGACCUGUAUGCAAACUGUGUCCUCUCAGGUGGCUCCACCAUGUUUCCAGGACUUGCUGACAGAAUGAAGAAAGAUUUGGACAACCUUGUACCUAAUACAAUGAAGGUGAAGGUUAUUGCACCACCCGAACGGAAGUACUCAGUGUGGAUUGGGGGCUCGAUUUUAGCGUCCUUGUCAACCUUCUCACAGAUGUGGAUCAGCAAACAGGAAUAUGAUGAGUGCGGACCUUCAAUUGUGCAUAGGAAGUGUUUCUAAAACUAAGAGCGUCUAUAAGCAACAUUUGGAAAGAUAAAAGAUUCUGUGACUGUACAGCGCUGGUAACAGUAAAAACUGAAAGUGGUCAUCCACAUUUAGGCGACAGUUUAUGACAUUUUCCACUUUUCUAUAUUCUGUUAGGAAUGUGGUUGGCGUGAGGCGUUACCAACGGCUGUGGUGGUAAUUUGCGCCGCUUGACUAUGGCUUAUCUUUAUUUUUGAAACGUUUUCUUCUUCACUGUUUAUACACUGUGCACUUAAACAUGGUUACGUACUAUUUACACCUAUUUUUUUAACAUACACGCAGGUAUAAAACUGGUUAGGCAACAAGGAAAAGAAAAAUACAUUUUAAAAUCAUCACCAGUGAAAAUCGUAAUUGAACACAAAUAAGUGUAAAUAUCAGCCUUUUUCAUUUUUUCUUUUCAUUGUUUUCUCUACAAAGUAAAUUCCUGUGAAUAAUUUUGUGGCAAUAUUUUUGUUAUCUGAUUUUUGCUCUUCGGAGGAUUUUUUAUAAUUUUACUAAAUGGUUUGUGUUAUAUUCGGCAUUUAACUUGUUUAGUUUAAACAUUAUUUAUUUCAAACAACUUUUACGAAAUAUACAAGUUAACAUUAUACAAUACAGAAGAUAAAUGUGUGAUCAGAUCCGAAAGCUAUAAAGCUUAUAAAGGUCUUUCAUUUCAGUAUUGUACCCUAGUAAAAUCUCUAUUUUUCCGCGUUUUUUUUCGUAGUUCAGUUAGGGCGGUGAAUAAAGUCAAAUAUCAAGCAGGGCCUAAAUAUCCGAAAGUACAGUGUUUGGUUAAAUGUUGUGUUUUCCUUUGAAUGUAUAUUGUAUAGAAAAAUAUUAACAGGAAAUCAUCCAAAAUGUUUGAAUUGUUUUGUACAUGUAUAUAUAUAUAUAUAUAUAUAUAGUUUUUCAUUCAUUAUAACGUACUUUCGUCAUGAUGCCAUCUUCAUAAUUGUAAGGUUAAUUUAUGUGUUUACUUUUUGAAAUAAUAUUAUAUGUAUGUAAAUAUGAUUAUAUAAAAAUACGACAGUAUGUAAAUAUGAUUAUAUAAAACA